AUGAUACCGAGAAUACCAGUUCUUAUUCUAUUAGGGCUAGCUGUGCCCUAUGCAAUUGCAGAAAAUGUUGCUGGUGAUCAAGCAAAAAAGUGCCAGCUCAUCAACACGUUUCCAAGACAAGAGCAGUGUGCCAUUGUUACCUCAGCUUGCAGCGAUGUCCAAACUGGUAUGGUCAAGUUCUUCACGCUGUACUACUGCAAGCUCUCAGGUUGGUAUGUGCGAGAUCUGGUGGUGAUACCGAUAGUUUUGCUUUCGUUGACAAUUCUGUUCCUGUGCUUGGGAAUGACCAGCUCAAACUACCUGUGCCCGAAUCUGUCCACUAUCUCCAGAUUCUUCAACAUCCCUGAUAACCUUUCCGGAUUAACGCUACUCGCGUUUGGAAAUGGUUCUCCUGACAUUUUGGGAACGUAUACUUCUUUCAUGACUGGAGAGCCUUCAUUGGCAAUUGGAGAGUUGGUAGGAGCGGCUUUUCUGAUCACUUCCUUCAUCAUAGGACUGAUGACUUUGAUUCACCCAUUCAGUGUAAUCGAUGAUAUGGAUGAUGAACAGGCUUCGGAGACUUUGCCGAAUGACACAAAGAACCAGAAGUUAGUCUUUUUAAGAGACUUGUCGUUUUUCAUAGUGUCUAUACUACUAGGGGUGGGGUUCUUGUUCGAUGGUAAGUUGACUGUGCUCGAGUGCAGUUUGCUUAUUGCCUUCUAUGUGGCGUACGUUUUGGUGGUGGUAUUCUGGAAUUGGGUUGUCACAGUUAGAAGGCAAGAUGCUCAAAUCGACCGGGAAAUACGGAGCGUUUAUAACGAGGCCACCUUCGACUCUGCACAUGUGUUCGAAGAGGAUGAUAUAGAGUGGGGAGAUGAAUCUAGAAGACGCGCACAACCCAGAAUUCCAGGAAUGUUAGGUACAAGAGCCUCCAUCCUGGAGGCUCUGGAGUUUAAUUCUGUCUUCAAUAAUCUGCAAAGAAGACAGUCGCUGACGACGACUUCCGGGUUCCAGGAGGAAAUGAGUUUGCAUACUUUGCAUAGCAGAGAAGGUGAACAUCAGUCUGACGAGGAUGGUGAUGCAGAUUACGAGUCUAGGACCAACCCAUUUCAUGAAAACAUUGGUGAGACUGAAGAUGACACAUUUGCCCAAGUGCUGGCGGAUAAACUUUAUCAAAAAAAAACUCCAACUGAAUUUGCGGUCAUGAUACUAAGCGCAGUCACGAUACCACCCAAGAUUAUUUUACAGAUGACAGUCCCUGUCAUUCACGAGUUUGAAUCUGGCGGCUUUACAGAAGCUUAUGGACUUAAUCUGCUGCUAGUUCAAAGCUUUCUGUCUCCUCUUGUGAUCUCCUUCUCUGCCUUCAGAGACUCGCCCAACUACAUGAUUUACCUGGUGCUGUCAUUAGGGAUUUCCCUGGUUAUCGCGAGCUCGGUCUACCUUAUUUUCCUUGCAAAUAAUCUGGUGGACAGAUUUGACAGGAAUAGUUCGAAGGUCCAGAUUUUACUUGCAUUCUGUGGUUUUGCCUCGUCUAUCGCAUGGAUCUCCAUUAUAGCCAACGAGCUAAUCAAUGUUUUGAGAUUCAUCAGUGUGUUGUGGAACCUGUCGGAGGCUAUUGUUGGACUCACAAUAUUUGCAAUUGGCAAUUGUGUUGGAGAUCUUAUCUCAAAUAUAACUGUUGCGCGCAUGGGAUACCCGUUAAUGGCAUUGGCUGCAUGUUUUGGCGGUCCUUUGCUAAACAUCUUAUUAGGGAUUGGUGCUAAUGGCCUUAUAACCAUGGGAGUUGCCAAGUCUACAAGUCUGGAGAUUGAACUUUCACCGACCCUAGUGAUUUCUGUGCUCUCAUUGCUCUUGAACCUGGUUUUUUUACUAAUAAUUAUUCCUCUGAACUCAUGGAAGUUUGACAGAUGGAUUGGCAUGUCCAUCAUUGGAUUCUGGUUUUUUGGCACGUUCAUAAACAUUGUCGUGGAAAUUUCUACAUAG